UGUAUUUGUUUCCUUAUUUUUGAUCCUUUUUGCCUGUCGUCGCCUUGCGUACGGAGAGCCGUCGGAGUCGUAGGCACUCAGCUAUAACUAUAGUCACCCUCCCGCAUAAGGCGUCUUAUCCUCUAUUUCUACCUGAUAUGCCGUCGCUCUCCCCUUGCAGUCGUCGAUGGCAUCUGACCAGGUCGAUAUGCCACAGUCUGACCCCAACAAGAUGCCUCUUCAGCAGCCUAGCCUGCCAUGGCGCAUGACUUCUUCCAUCGUCAUGGGCGUGACGGCCGCUCUGGUCAGGGGAUUUUUGUACGGGCUGAAUUCUGUCGAAGUCGUCGGCCUGGACCGGUUCCUCGCCAUUUUGGAUAAGAGGAGAGACGUUGAGAAGAGACAGAGGGGCCUCAUAACGGUCUCAAAUCACCUCAGUGUACUCGACGAUCCCCUCAUCUGGGGAGUUUUGCCGCUACGGUACGGCUUCAACCCCUCAAAUCAUAGAUGGAGCUUAGGAGCCCAUGAUAUAUGCUUCAAUAACAAGGUUCUCGGCGCCUUCUUUUCUGCAGGCCAGGUGCUACCCACCCACCGCGCACAACACUCACCUCAUGGGGGCCUUUUUCAGUCGACGGUGCCUCAGGCUAUCCGGCUGCUGUCGUCCCCGCCGUUUGCCGCGCCCCAACCAGAACCGCCAGCGCCGUCGGACCAGACGCGCGACGUGCCGGACCCGUUCGCUGCCGGCGCGUUGACGUACACGACGACGGGCGCGGACCGGUACGUCUCUCCGUCUGCGUACGCGCGCAACCGCCACGCCUGGGUCCACGUCUUCCCCGAGGCCUGCGUGCAUCAGCACCCGCGCGUGCUGCUGCGCUACUUCAAGUGGGGCGUGUCCCGCCUCAUCCUCGAGAGCGAGCCCCUGCCCGACGUGCUGCCCAUGUUCGUCGACGGCACCCAGCGCGUCAUGCCCGAGGACCGCGCCUGGCCGCGCUUCGUACCGCGCUUCCCCGUCCGCCUCCGCGUCGCCUUCGGCGACCUGCUCGACGGCGAGCGCGCCUUCGGUGACCUGCGCGCCCGCUGGCGCGACCUCGUCCGCCGCGAAACCGCCGGCGCCGGCGCUUCCCUCGCCCUCGGCGAGCUCACUGACGCCCUCAAGUACGGCCGCGAGGCCGUCGCCCUCCGCAUCGAGGUCGCCCGCAGGGUCCGCGACGAGGUCCUCAAGGUCCGGCGGAGCCUGGGCUACCCCGACGACGACGGGCCCGGCUUCGAGCUUGCCGAGACCUGGGCUGCGGAGCCGAGUACGGACAGAUUUAAAAGCAACGUCGAUGACAGCUUAGUCAACAAGCGCGACUAAAUGCCUCAUAAACAUAGCGGCCAUGGCUACAUAUACAGCCUCUACACAUAGUUAACGACAUUCGUCGUACCGUGUAUGUUAGCACUGGGAUCAACCCAUAUUCACAAAUUCGCACGACGUCACAUGGGGGUUACGGAGCUAGAAAUCGUGUCAAAGCAUGAAGGGUAUAGCCGUAGAAUUCAACAAUAAUAAA